GACACACACACACACAUAUAAAGUGUGUCCACGUGUUGGGGACACUCGGGUCUGGGUGAACUCUGUCCUCCUCCGGGGUCUGAUGGAGGAAAGUUGGACUUUUCUCAGCAUCGUGUUCGCAGGAGCGUGGAAACAAGUCGAGCGCUGUUCAGCAGGAAGUCAAGCUGCAUGAGCGGAGUACGCAUGCGCCGCGUCUGUGCACUUUCUGGGGAUGUGUUUGUCUGCAUUAAACGAUGAAUAAACUCCUGGACAGCUGUUCUGUGAAAGCGGCCUCCCUCUCAAGUCUGUUGUGAGCAUGAUGGCGACCACCGAGGAGGUUGCAGUGUCCAUGGGGGAGGUGGUUAUGGUAAAAGCUGACGGAGAGGGUGACCCCGACGACCCUAAUAAGACGCAGGUCAUCCUCCAGCUCCAGCCGAUCACCACUGGAGAUGAAUCUGCUGAAACAGACGCAGCUGUCAUGGCUGUUGAAGCACCUCCAGAACAAACAGAGGGAGAUGAUGUGGAGAUCGGCUGUGCCAUAACCUGCGGCGACAGUAAAGCGAUGCUGCUCCUGAAGAAAUUUGUGUGUCCAGGAAUCAACGUGAAAUGCGUGAAGUAUGAAGACCAGCUGAUCAGCCCCAAGCAGUUUGUGCACAUCUCUGGAAAAGCCACUCUGAAAGACUGGAAGAGAGCCAUCAGGAUGGGUGGAGUCAUGCUCAGAAAAAUGAUGGAUUCAGGUCAGCUGGACUUCUACCAGCACAGCACGCUGUGCACCAACACGUGCCGCAGCACCAAGUUUGACCUUCUCAUCAACAACACACGGUUUCCUCCGGAUGGCACCGGACUGGGCACGCCCACAUCCUCUCAAGCUCAGGUGGUUCUGGGUAAUGGCGGGACGGUGGGUGAGGACAGACCUGAAGCUUUAAGUGGGAAGUUGGACUGGAGCUCACUGGAGUCUGUGGACAAGAAGGAAUCCAACGAGAUCUCGGAGGACACGCUGAACUUCUGGAAGGGUAUUGCCGACGUGGGUUUGCUUGGAGAAGUGGUGACCAACAUCAGCACUGAGCUGCUGGAGCUGCUGAACGGCGUGCAGCAGCUCAGGGAUCUGGCGGCCUUACAGGACACAGAUUCCUGUCUGGUAGAGGUGGCGGUGCUCAGUAACCUGGCCCAGGUGUUCGGCCUGCUCGACUCAGUUAAGAAGAUCCUGGAGAAGAGGAGGCAGCAGACGGAUCCCAUCCAGGAGCAGUUCCUCAGCACACUCAGCA